CUUCACGAAAUUUCGUGAGAAAAACUCCUGUCCAAAAUAAGAAUCAUCACCUCACUGGUGAAUGUCUUAAAAAAUUUCCCAUUUUUCACACGAAAAAUAUAAUUCACAAGGCAAAUCUCACUUCAGGUCAAAUGUACAAAUCAUCAGUAACGUGAAUCAACACAAUAUUCAAUGAAUAUUCAAUAAUAUCACUCAAAAACAGCGAACAAACUUUGUUAGUACUUCACCAAAACUAAAUAAGACUGAAGUAAGCCACGAAGUUCUGUCAUAUUUCUCGUAAGCAAUUGCUCACACUGAAUUUUCAACAAAGCAAUUUCAACUCAAAUCAUAUUCAAAAUUUAACGUAGGGUGGAUACCCCGAAUGAUGCCACUACCCCAUUUGAUGCCACCUUGGAUAAAUUCAUAUUUUUUUCCAAAAUUGCAAUAUAUAGGAUCUAUAAAACAUAUACGGUCAUAUAUGCUAACACCAAGGGCAUCUUAUUAAAUUGUUUGUUUGGAAUUUUUUAUGUUUAUUUUACAUUUAGAAAAUAAGUUUUAAAUGAUGUGAGUGGUGAAUGAAAAAUGGCAGCAAAUAUAAAGAAUUCUGUUAAGGUUUUCAAUUUUUUCAUUAUCUUCAUUUUGCAUAUUCAUUUAAGAUAUUUGAUUUUUCUUAUUAAUAUUUGUUAUUAUAGAUGAUUAAACUUUUCUCAAAUGUCAAUAUAUCAUAUUUUCGUAUUUCAUUUUUAUUAAAAUUUGAUGAUGGCAUUAAAUGUAGCCUUUUAAAUGUGUGUCUACAAAUCAUGCCAUCACGUUUAAUCAAGUAGUGCCCUCAUGCGGCAUUCAGUAAAUUUUCACGUGACAAUUGGUUUUGAUAUUUUCAUGUUGUGAAUUUUGUUAACAAAUUAUUCUCAUAUACAGUGAAAUAUCAAGGUAAGUACAAGAGAAAUAUUAAAUAUUAAUUAAUAUAUACUUAUUGCAUGACUGUGUAGAGAAAUUUUAUAGAACAAAAGAAAAACUCGUAAAAUAGAAGAAGUAAAAGGGAUUGACAAAAAGUGAGGUUAUCCGGAAGAAAUAUUUUUAUUCAAGGAAUAUUUUUAUUUUGUUAUAAUCUUUUUCAAUUUCAGAUUAAAAGUCCUUUAAGCUUCGAAAUGACUCCUAGAGGGAAGAAGAAACAGGUCUCUUACUCAGAUUUACAACUGAAUGAUGCUUUGAGCGCUGUCAGUAAUGGGAUGUCUGUAGGAAAGGCAGCGCGGCAGUUCCAGAUUCCCCGGACAACUCUACGAUACAAGUUGUCGGGGAAAAUACCUCGUGGAAUUAGUGAGCAUGGAGGAAGACAGUGUUUCCUGGGUAAGGAAAUCGAGUCAGAAAUUGUGGAAUGGAUCCUCCAAUGUGCUAGGCGCGGCUUUCCAGUGGGAAGAGAUGGACUUCUUACCACAGUUCAACAAAUAAUUGAAGGCCUUCCAAAUAAGGGAGGCUUCAAAAAUAAAAGACCCUCAGUAAAAUGGUUUUACAAAUUUAUGAAAAGGCAUCCAGAAAUUUCUGUGAAGAAGGCAGAAUACGUGAACCGCGCCAGGGGAAGUGUCACCGAAGAUAAAAUUCGUUUGUGGUUUAAAGAUGUGAAGAAGCAACUUGAGGAUUACGACAAAAUAUUAAAUUAUCCAGAAAGAGUCUUCAACAUGGAUGAAACUGCAUUUACUCUCGCUCCUAAAGGUGAAUUUAUCCUCGGGCCGGUAGGAAGACACGUUUAUAUGGAGUCCAGCCACUCAGAUAAAGAGAGUAUUACUACUCUCUUUGCUGUCAACGCUGCAGGAGUUUUUGCACCUCCUCUCACACUAUUUAAGUAUGAUAGGUUACCUCUCAUUGCUGCAAAGUCAGCUCCACCAAAUUGGGGUAUCGGAAAGAGUGAGUCAGGAUGGAUGACUGGCGCAACGUUUUAUGAAUAUAUUGGCAACGUUUUUCUGCCAUUUUUAAACGAGAAAAAUAUUAAGAGGCCAGUGAUCGUAUUUCUGGACGGCCAUAGCUCCCAUUUGACUCUUCACCUCAGCAAGCUUUGUAGGGAGAAAGGAAUAGUGCUAGUGGCCCUUUAUCCAAAUGCGACCCAUAUAUUGCAACCCCUUGAUGUCGCUGUUUUCAAGCCAAUUAAGGCUAAAUGGGGAAAGCUGAAGACAGAGUGGAGAAUGAUGCAUAAUGGAGCCGAAAUAUCGAAAUUUGAUAUACCAAAAAUCCUGAAUCAAAUCAUCCUGGAAGAGCGCAUGGUUAAUAAUAUAAUUUCAGGAUUUCGCGCCACAGGGUUGUACCCAUUUAAUCCUGAUUCUGUGGAUUACGGAAAAGUCAUCGAGAGAGUGGAAAAUAGAAAACAGCUCCAAGUUGAGGAAGAUAGCCAAAGUCCAGUCAAAACAUGUGUGAAAAUUUUGGAAUCCAAGAUUUCACCGGAUCUUCUAAUUCAAUUCAAGGUGAUAAAAGAAAAUGGCGACGAUUUUCCUGGCGACGACGCUACAAAGGUCCUCUAUAGCGCAUGGAAAGAGAUGGCCGAUAUGCAGGACCACAAUCAGCAGGACACGCAGCCAGAAAUAUCAAGCAAUGCAGAUGAUUACACUAAGCAAACUGAUGAAGUUAAAUGGCCGGAACGACAGAUGAAGAAGAGGAGGCAUGAUCAGGAAAAUAUUCCAAGGGUAAUUACCUCGGAUAAGUGGGUGGACUUUUUUCAAAAGAAAGAUGAUGAAAAGAAAAAAAAUGAACAGGAUAAAAUUGAGAGAAAGGCUGCAAGAGAGGCAAUCAAAAAGGAAAAAGAAAAGAAAAAGGAGCAACUCAGUGAAACCCGAAAACAAAAAAAGCAGAACUUGAAGAAGCAUUGUAAAAAAUAAAAAAAGACUUUAGAAAAUAAACAGCACCAAUUAAUUUCAAAAUAUUUUUUUUUUUAUUAAAUUAUUUAAAUAAUUUUAUUAUUAUUUUCUUUGUUAAAUUUAUUAGGUGUGAUUUUUACGUAAUCACACUUUAUAAGGAACCAAAAUGCUCAUUUUAAAAAGGUGGCAUUGAAUGGAUCCUCAGGUGGCACCGAAUGUAGAAAAGUGGCAUAAAAUGGAGAUUUUUGCAUAAUUAGAAACAAUGUUUAUUCUAGAUCCUUUGGAAAAUAUUUAUAGAAAAUCACUUAGAUGUAUAGUAAGGCAUAGCUUUAAGGUAUAUUAAAUCAAAAUAUUAAACCGUUUGGUUAAAGAAUGAGAAAAUUAUUAGCAAUUAAAUUCUAAAAGUGGCAUUGAAUGGG